AUGCACAAGCUUGCUUAUUAUCCAUUUUUUAUUUCUCUCCUCAUAUUUUCCCUCAUAUGCUCGGCGAAUGCAAAUAGAAAAAUAACCGUUACCAAGCUUCCGCACAUAAUUGUAAUAAAUUCUCGAUCUACGGAUCCUACCACGAAUGUCUUUAGCCUGUACAGAUUCCGUUUUUCAACAAAUUACGUUCCUCACAUUCGAAUUGAAGGAUACAAAAAUGUCAAUGAUACUGUUUCUGGAUUCACCUUUAGAGCUGUUUUGGUGGCAUUAGUCGAAUAUAAUGACACUAUUGCCGUAAAAGAUAGUGACAGUGUGUUUAGUUAUUUUGGAAAAGGGGUCUUGUGGGAUGAGAUCAAGUUCAAUGACGGGAACGAUGGUCUAAAGACUCUGAAUACUACCCUGACUGCCAAUCUGGGUGGAGCAAAUCCUUUCACCACGACAAUUAGUCUUUAUGCUACAGAAACCCAAAAGUCAAUUAAUGGUGCUACUCUUCUUCCCUCUGAUGUUAAAUACUCGCUCGCCUUCUCUAACUUUCCAUACAAGUAUCAAAACUCAAAAAUAGCUAUUGCCCAUAUGGUCUUCUCUGCUUCUGGCUCCAAAAAAUCUUUUAAUUCAGACGAUGCCCAAAUAACUGUCUCAAGCAACACGACAGGCGUCGGUCGACUACAGUGGGCGAAAACUAUAACUGCAGAUGGGAAAGAUGUGGGAAUAUCCGCUGAAACAAAUGUCCUCUGGAAAGCCGCCCCGCAGUUCACAAAUGGAGAUCCAACAGAUGAUGAUGCCAUUGCUUCAGAGGAAGUGGAGACCGUUGUAUUCAAAUUCGAUGCUGUGCAGCCAAAGAGCGUUGUUUGGGAUCCGCGGUAA